AUGAAGGAGAGAAUUAUCAAAAGAUUACAAAGAUUUAAGAAUUUCAAAGGAAAUGAAGAGUGUCUUACUCGAUUAAAUAAUAUGUAAAUCAAAGAUAAUAAUAAUGAAUAUAUUUUGAUAGAAGAAGAUGAGGAAGUAACAUCAAAUGAUUUCAUUUCAGUCAGCGAAGAAAAGAAAUAGGUGGAUUAAGUCUAAGAGAUGGUUGAAAUGAAAUUGAUUGAGAAUAUAAAUAACAAAUAAGAUGGUAGAUGUGAGACUAUAGUUUUUGAUAAAACUGGAUCAAUUAUGGUUUCAAAUGAUAUGGAGUCAAUAAAAAUAUGGAAAUUUGAGAAAGGAGAAUUAACCCUAUUAAAUCAACUUUAAAUGCACAGUCUCCAUGUUAAAUGCCUAGUUUAUAGUAAAUUCAAAAAUAACUUUAUUUCUGGUUCUGCAGAUAAGAAGAUAAUUUGUUGGAAAUAAGCUAAUGGUAAUAAAUGGCAUUCAAAUAUAUAUUAAUAUCAUAAUGAUACUGUUAAUUGUUUGAUAUUAAAUUAAAGAGAAGAUGAAUUGAUAUCAGGAAGUGAUGAUAAAUAAAUUAUCAUUUGGAGUGUGGAUUUUGUCAAUAAUUACCUAACUUUUAAGUAAUCGUUGAAAUAGCAUUCUGAAUAUGUUUUAUCAUUAAGUUAUAAUUAAUCAGAGAACUCAUUUGUAUCUUGUGGUUUUGAUUUAUAUAUUAUAUGGAAGAAAAAAUGUGACAAUGGUAACUAAUAAAUACUGAAUAACACUAAAUCCAGUGAAUCGCUAUACUAUUUGGAUUAGUUAAAAUAUUUACCCAAAGGAAAUAGAGUUAUUUUUAUUAAUGAUUAGUAAUUUCUUUGGGUAACCUAAAAUUAGGAUAUUUUGAUCUUUGAAGAAAAAUGGUAAAUCUUCUAAAGGUGUAAGAACAAGACUAUUCAUAUCAAGAAUAAUGAUUGUGAAGAUCAGUAUUAUUUCCCUAUAGUAUAUAAUAAAAAUAGGAAUUUCCUACUGAUCAAACAUAAAUAUCAUAUUUAUUUAAUUAGGGAGUUAGACAAUGGAAAAUUCAUUAUUCUAUCAUCAGUCGAUUGUGGAACACAACACAAUUAUGGUACUAUGACAAAUGAUGGAUAAUAUGUAGUAUUUUGGGAUUAAAAAUAAAAGAAAUAUUCAACAUAUCAGGUAACAAAAGUAUGA